GUUCCCGUGAAGCCUCUGCCCACCCUCAGUCUGGCGGAGCGGUGAGCUCGGAGCUCGCUGCGGUCAGGGCAGGAAGGAGUUGGCCUGCCUGGAUGGCGAGCGAGUGGCGUCUGCCUAACGCUUUUGUUUGUUUCUCUGCUAUAAAAGCUACUCCUGGUGUUCUGCACGAACCUUCGUUAGUCAAUUUGGAAAUGGACUUGCUGUCUGGAACCUACCUCUUGGCAGUCUUAUUAGCCUGUAUUGUAUUUCAAUCUGGAGCGCAGGAGAAGAACUAUACAGUGCGGGAAGAACUGCCUGAAAAUGUCCUCAUUGGCAAUUUGCUCAAGGAUCUUAAUUUAACACUGGAUCCAGAUGUCCCCCUUUCCUCGCCGCUACAGUUCAAGCUUGUAUAUAAGACUGGGGAUGUACCACUAGUACGAGUGGAAGAGAACACUGGUGAGAUAUUUACAACUGCAAACCGCAUAGACCGAGAGAAGCUGUGCUCUGGCAUCUUUAGUGAGAAUCGCUGCUUUUAUGAGGUGGAGGUUGCUGUUCUGCCUGAUGAAGUUUUCAGACUGGUCAAGAUCAGAUUCCUAAUAGAGGAUAUAAAUGACAAUGCCCCCCUCUUCCCUUCUACAGUUAUUAACAUCUCUAUCCCUGAAAACACAGCGAUUAAUUCUCGCUAUUCUGUUCCAUCUGCCAUUGAUCCAGACAUUGGUGUGAAUGGUAUUCAACAUUAUGAACUACUUAAGCCCAAAACAGCUCCGAAAAGGACGUUUGGAUCAAUUACAAAUGAUCAGGGUCAGAAUGUAUUUGGUCUUGAUAUAAUUGAGACACCUGAGGGAGAUAAGUGGCCUCAACUGAUUGUCCAGCAGAUCCUGGAUAGAGAGCAGAAGGAUACCUAUGUGAUGAAAAUUAAAGUUGAAGAUGGUGGAAGUCCUCCAAGAUCCAGCACUGCAAUCCUGCAAGUCACAGUGACUGAUGUGAAUGAUAAUCGCCCAGUCUUUAAAGAGAACGACAUUGAAGUUAGUAUUCCAGAAAAUGCUCCAGUGGGCACCUCUGUUUCUCAGCUCCAUGCCACUGAUGCAGACUUGGGCUCAAAUGCACAAAUCCACUUCUAUUUCAGCAAUCAAAUCUCCAGCUUGGCCAAAAAGCUGUUUGCCAUUGAUAAUGCCACUGGUCUCAUCACCAUAAGAGAGCCACUUGACAGGGAAGAAUCUCCUGUACACAAAUUAACUGUUUUGGCAAGUGAUGGCAGUUCAACUCCAUCGAGAGCAACAGUGACUGUUAAUGUCACAGAUAUUAAUGACAAUGUCCCAUCAAUAGACACGAGAUACAUCAUCAAUCCAGUGAAUGGGACAGUGCUUUUGUCUGAGAAAGCUCCACUUAAUACAAAAAUUGCAUUGAUAACAGUAAUGGACAAGGACGCUGAUCUGAAUGGAAAAGUUACUUGUUUUACAGAUCAUGAUGUCCCUUUUAGACUAAAGCCAGUGUUUGAUAAUCAGUUUCUUCUGGAGACAGCUACAUUUCUAGAUUAUGAAUCCACACGGGAAUAUGCUAUUAAAAUUGUAGCUUCAGAUUCAGGUAAACCUCCCUUAAACCAAUCUGCAAUGCUCUUGAUCAAAAUUAAAGAUGAAAAUGACAAUGCCCCAGUUUUCACACAGCCUAUCAUAGGUCUUUCCAUCCCUGAAAACAAUGCUCCUGGUACUCAGCUAACCAAGAUAAGUGCUACAGAUGCCGACAGUGGGCGCAAUGCUGAGAUCAGCUAUAUUCUGGGUUCUGAUGCACCCCCUAUUUUCAACCUUGACCGCCGUACAGGCAUUCUGACAGCAGUGAGAAAGCUGGACAGAGAAAAACAAGACAGGUACUCCUUCACUGUACUGGCUAAGGAUAAUGGGAUGCCACCCUUGCAAACCAAUGCUACUGUGACAGUGUCAGUCCUGGACCAGAAUGAUAACAGCCCUGCUUUUACACACAAUGAAUAUAAUUUCUAUGUUCCAGAAAACUUACCCAUGUAUGGCACAGUAGGGCUUAUCACAGUAACAGAUGCUGAUUCUGGAGAGAAUGCUGCAGUCACUCUGUCUAUAUUAAAUGGUCGAGAUAAUUUCAUUAUCGAUCCACUUACUGGUGUAAUAAGACCUAAUAUUACUUUUGAUAGAGAACAGCAGGGGUCAUACACUUUUCAGGUGAAAGCGGUGGAUGGAGGAAGACUGCAGCGUUCCUCAACGGCCAAAGUGACGAUCAAUGUUGUUGAUGUAAAUGACAACAGGCCUGUUUUUGUAAUUCCUUCGUCAAAUUAUUCAUAUGAGUUGGUUCCAACAUCAUCCAGUCCGGGGUCUGUUGUUACAAAAGUCUUUGCAGUUGAUAAUGACACAGGAAUGAAUGCAGAGCUCCGUUACAGCAUUAUAGGAGGGAAUUCAAGGGGCUUGUUUGCAAUUGACCAAUUAACAGGCAAUAUUACAUUGAAAGAGAAGGUAAUUACAUCAGAUCAUGGCUUGCACAGACUGGUGAUAAAAGUCAAUGACCUAGGACAGCCAGAGUCCCUUUAUACUAUAGCUCUUGUGCAUUUGUUUGUGAAUGAGACAGUCACCAAUAGUUCCUACAUACAAGAGCUAGUGCGCAGGAAUAUGGAAACUCCAGUUGGCCAGAACAUUGGGGAUGGUGAGAUAACCCCACAAACCAAUGAUUAUGUCAAGAUCAUAAUUGCGAUUAUUGCAGGCACAAUGACAGUUAUUCUGGUAAUUUUUGUUACUGCGUUAGUACGGUGCCGCCAGACUCCCAGGCACAAAGUUGUCCAGAAAAAUAAGCAGAGUGGUGAGUGGGUUUCCCCAAACCAAGAGAAUAGGCAGAUCAAGAAGAAGAAGAAGAAGAAGAAACGCUCUCCAAAAAGUCUUCUCCUCAACUUUGUGACUAUUGAAGAAUCUAAGCCUGAUGAUCCUGGCCAUGAGCACAUAAAUGGCACUUUAGACAUUCCUGUAGAACUAGAAGAGCAGACUAUGGGAAAAUAUAACUGGGCCACUACACCAACCACAUUUAAGCCUGAUAGCCCAGAUUUAGCAAAGCACUACAAGUCUGCUUCUCCACAGCCAACCUUUCAAAUUAAACCUGAGACUCCUGUACCCCCCAAGAAGCACCAUGUCAUUCAGGAACUGCCUCUGGAUAACACCUUUGUGGUGGGCUGUGACUCACUCUCCAAGUGCUCAUCAAGCAGCUCGGACCCUUACAGUGUUUCUGAAUGCAGCUGUCAAGGAGGCUUCAAGACCCCAGGCCCCAUUCACACCAGACAGCUCUGAACGCCAUCGCAUCUGAUGUUAUAUACUGAAGUCGUACGUGUACACAAUGAUGUUAAGCCAGCAAACAUGAAAACAAGGAAAUAGCACGAGAAAGCCCUUUGUCCUCUCUCUGAUUGCCGAAGAAAUUUAUCGUCUGAUCUCCAGAGGGGUUUGGAAGUGACGAUGAACUGUUCAAGCUGCCCUACUGAAAGGUAUCAAGGGCAAGAAUUUUUUAAAAGGAAAAGACAACGAAAUUUUAGUACGUUGUGCUAUAGUGUUCUAUAAUGUAGUUUUGCUAAGAAAAAAGUAAUGUGACCCAUCAUUCAUCGCAGUUGGCGAUUAUGAUAAAUCUAUUGUUUUCUAAUUUUGCUUGUAACCAACUUCUUGUCCCAGAUUUUUUCCUUAUUUAUUUUAGUUGAAACAAGUAGAAGUUUUGAUUAUAUAAGUAUAAUAAAAGGGAGCAAUAAAUUUUAUUCAUACAUUGAAAGGAGAAUGUAAAGUUCUUUAUACUCCCUGCAUUAAAAAGAAAAAAAAUUGUUGUCACAAUAUAGCAUUGUUACACGUAUUAAGAAUCAAGUAUUAUUUAUAUCUAUUCCAUAAUAUUUUUAAUGAUAAUAUCGCUGCUAUGGUUCAUAAAUGGAAUUGAUCAAAUCACUGCUUUCUCAUUUCAUAGCCACAAUAUUAGUUAUGAACAAUGAAUACUUUCUUACCCACAAAAUUUUGUAAUAAAUGAUCACGUUUUAAAUAACUCCAAAAUAUUCACUUCCUAAAAUAGAAUCUAAUUUGCAUUUUGCUUGCUGAAAUCUAGAUAACACAUAACAGGUGCUAUACACCUAAUCUUUUGAAAUACUUUUUUUUUUUUUUUAAAUCACAGAUCCAGUGUCCUGCUUUUCACUGUGAUAAAAUAGGAAAUGAUAAAUAUUUGUUGGAACCUAGAAUUUUUUGCACUGUUACCUAGCACAUAGGGGAAAAUAUGGCCUUCUGUUUUUCAUUUCUCUCCAAAUUAUUAUUACCUUUCUUAUUUUAAUUUAAAUUUGUUUACACAAUGUUUUUUAAUUUAGUAUGAUUCAUUUAACAAAUACAGUUUGAGUAUCAUUGCUUGGUUUGCAGCCUGGUUGUAAGUUGCUGUAUAUUUUAGAGAAUAACGCUUAAUAUGUAUCAUCUAUAAUAUUAGCAUUUCACGUGCAAUAGAAAAUCUCUUAGGAAGCAAAGGAGUAUAAAGAACCCUGUUUUCUGCACUUAUGUGAAGACAUGUAAUAUUAGUUUGCUAGAAUAAAAUGAAUAACACUUCUAACUGGGAUGUAUACAGUAUAUAUAACUUAAAGAAAAAGUUAUUAAUGAUUGAUCAAUUAGACUACAACAUGACAUUCUUACACCUUCCUGUAUGUUUGAUGUAAAGAUAUUUAUAGGCUUGUACUUAAUAUUCACGUUGCCUCAGUUCUUAGACUGCAGAAUGUCUACCAUGACUGUUGCCUAUAGUAUUCUCCACAUUGCUAUCUGGCUCUUUCAAAAUUGUGUAUUUGGCUAUUUGAUCUGUAAAAUAAAUUCUAUUAAUAAUUAAGUACGUAUUGUAAUUUAGCAUAUUGUAUUGCAUAAUUAUAGCUAUGACUGUUACAGGAAAAAUUUCCUUCCUAUAAUGAGAUGAUUUUCUUGGAAAGAUGUUUAUGUAUCUGUAAGACAGUUUUGCUGUUCCUAUUUACCAUACCAUACCCUUGCAGCAUUUACGAUUCAGAUUAAACUACACAUUCAGUGGAUAGACAUACAGUAAUGAUAUUUAUUGAUUCAAUGCCACAACUUAGCCAGUUGUUUUGGUUUUUAUACUCCAUUCCAGACAUAGUAAAAAGUUUAUUCAAGAAGUAUUGUUUAGUGUAACUAAAGAUGGGAACUGCCUAUUGCUAUUACAGUUGUUUGCUUAGGUGCCUCAUAGUUUGGUGAUGGGAAGCAUGCAAGGAUAUUUGUUAAGAGUAAUUAACCUUUGGCCUAGUAGAGUUGUUCAAGAUAGUAGGAUUUCACAGACUUAUUUACUAUGUUUUGUUUUUUAAUUGAAUCUUUGGAUUUCUGUUCUUACAGCAGAGAUGAGAAAGCUUGUACGUGUAAAAUUCAUGUUUGGUUAGGAGGAAAAGCACCGAAUAAUAGGAAUGCUUAUCUUGAGAUUUUUUUUCUUUUAAUUGAAGAAUACUGAGCUGAGGUACUGUACUUGGUUCAUCUACAUGCUAGAGGGCUGCAUGCCCUCUACAAGUGCCUAUUUUUUACAAUGAGUAUGAAAAGAACCUUUGAUAACUUGUGCUUGCAGUUUCUUGAGAUGAAUGUUGAUUGUUUGUGAGAAAAAUACUUCUCAGGAGACUUCUGUUUCUUUUUCUUUUAGCCAAGCUGAAGAUCUAUCAUUUUCCUGGUAUUUCAUUGGUCAUAUCAUUCUAUUCUAGAAGAAUCUAGUCUGAUUUUUAACCUUAGAAAAGACACACGUAUAUGAAAUAGAGGCUCAUCAACUGGUUGGAUUAUUGGUCUAAAUGGAUAAUCUCUCUUCUAGUUCUCUCAUGAGCUAGCUCAGCCAAAUAUGAUAACUCUUCAAAUGCACUAUUGGAAAAACCAGCAACCUCUUAAGUAGUUCGGUUUCAUAUGUUCCUCUGUUUCCAUUUUUGUUUUCUUCUAUCUAAAUAUUUUUAAAGAGUGUGCUUUCGUAGGCUAGUAUAAGACUUGUCAGAGAGCUUAUUUCCUUCUCUUGAUUAAGUGUAUCCAUGAAAGUCUCGUGAAAGCCUGAUGUGUACUUACCAAAUGUCUAUAUGUGCUGAAUAUUAAUUUCUACAGUUUUAAAAAAGGUAAAGGAUAAGUGGAGGCCAGUCAAAAAAUUCCGUAUUUAGAUUUUUUUAAUGAAUAUUAGAAUCCUGAAUCAAAGCCAGGCCUACUUCAGUGUUGAAUAUAAUUUCUUUCUUGUGCUUUCACCUAAAUAAAUGAUUUUUCUGACUGCAUGGAAGUCAGGGUAGAUGAAGAGCAAGAAUUACUGAGUUUUCAAAGUGCUGCUUUUGAAAUUGAAAAUUCAUUAUAUUUUUCUUGGAAAUAUCAGCCACACUUUCUAUGUUAUUUUCUUGUGAUUUAGACCGUAAUUAUUACUACUCACUAUGAUCUCAGUAAACUUAUUUAGAGAUUUAUCCUUUUGUUUGCUGCACAUCACCAUCCUUGUCACCAGUGCAGAAAGAUCUGUGCCUGUAGAAGUUCUAGAGUUCGUUUUUGGUUAUUUACAGUGCAGUGUCUGGCUUAGCAUAGAGAAUAGUUGUUUAUUUAUUGAUGUUUUUUUUUUUACAGUGUGCAUUAGUUGCCUCACAUCUUUUAGAUCUGCAGUGCCAGCAGCCAAAGAUGGCUCUCAUAUUUGCCAUUCUGCAUCCUGUGUCAUAUUGUC